AUGUUUACAGCAAACAAAUGCGGGUAUUAUCGUCUCGAGGAGAGAAAUGGCAAUUAUAGGCAAUGGGUGGCCCACAACUUCAAUCACUGGCAAGAUUGUGUAGCUGCGGAUGGCCGGAUAGGUGAGACGGGAGCGGAGAGGACAGUACAUGUUGUUAACCCGUGGGGUAGUAACGUUUCGGCCGACCCUUACAAAGUGAUGGGUAAUGCGACUUCCAGUGUCGCUUGUGCCGCUGCUGCUGAUGCUACUGCUGCUAUUAUUACGACGACGACAACGACGAAAAAGAAGGGACGCUUCGGAUGGCAGAUGUGGUGCUCGGGAGGAGGGGCACAUCGAUCGAUGCAGGAGAGGCACGACGAGGUGCAAGUACCGCGUAGCGUCGUGAGUGCAGAAGGUGCGGGAGGAUCGGUCGACGACUGCGAGAGAGUGCCAAUCAGCUCAGAGACAACCCAUAAAAUGUUAAAAUGUUGUCCCUCCAUUAGGUAG